AUGAGCGGGGGUUUCCGAGUACAAUCCCGAGUUCCCUACGAACACAGAGGGUGUGUGAGGGGGCCGAGCAAGCUUAUCGCUUCUAGCCCGCCCCCCGGACCUCGCACCCAUGUUGCCGAAGAAGACCACGACUGGCCGCCGCAUGAGCGGCCGCUGCGUGACCAGACAACCCUGCAGCAGACAGGCACAGUGUGGGUCGCCGAAGCCGACGAGCUGACACAUGGUGCAGAUGCCGACCGCACCCUCCUCACCGACGACGAGGCAUGGUACCUUGACCCGGGUGCGACGAUUCACAUCUCGAAAAAUAGACUCGAUUUUAUUGACUCCACAAGUGACCAAUGUUGCACAUGCAUCGAAGGCAAACAGCGUGUCGCCCCGUACCCGCAAAAGUCGCUCACCAAAGUCGCCAGAAUCGGCAAUCUGACCGUCUGGGAUGUCUGGGGCCCCGCGCGCAUCAGACGCAUUCACGGUGAAUUCUAUUUCACACAAUUCACAGAC